CCGUCUCCCAUGGACACUUACACAAAUCUUCCUCACUGGGGGACUUUCUCCCAUCCUUCCUCCCUGCCCCUCCUGACGCUCUCACAUCAGGAACACAUUUCUAACCACUGGGGAAUGAGACAGUAUAUGUGGAGUUUACAGAGUCACACCAACAGACUAAAGUACUGACAUUCGGUGAAUACCCUGGAGCUGGGCAGUGAGGGGCAUUGACAGUGAUGGAAACUCUGAUCAGUGAUUUACUGAAGGGUUUAAUGUUUCCUGAAAUAUCCGAGGGAGAGAAUUUCCCCCCAGACCCAUGGUUUGAAUCACUUUGUUCAUCAAUCUGUCUAUCUGUGUUUAGACUUGGGGAGAAUGAACUGGGAGAUUCAGGAGUGAAACUGGUGUCUGUGGCUCUGAGGAACCCGGAGUGUAAAAUCCAGACACUGUGGCUGGACACUGUCGGUCUCACAGAUUCUGGUGCUGAGGAUCUCGCCGCUGCUCUCAGUACAAACCCAUCACUAAUGGAGCUGAACCUGAGUUAUAACGAACUUGGAGAUUCAGGAGUGAAAUUAGUAUCUGCAGCUUUGGGGAACCCGGAGUGCAAAAUACUGAAACUGCAGCUGUGGAAAGUCGGUCUCACAGAUUCUGGUGCCGAGGAUCUCGCCUCCGCUCUCAGUACAAACCCAUCACUGACGGUGCUGGACCUGAGAUACAACUCUCUGACAGACCGAUCUGUCCCUGCUCUCCGCCGCCUCAUACUGACCCUCCCGAGUCUGGAGCGGAUCCUGCUGUACAGUAACCGGUUCAGUUGGACCGGGGAGAAGGAACUGAGAUCUCUGCAGGAACCCAGACCCGGACUGAGAGUGAUCGUGUGAACAUCCCCGCCCACGGGAUGGGGACAUCUUGGCCGAUUCCCUGCCCUCAACUUUAACACCCUCCCUUACCUUUAAUGGCCAUGCGCCGGGGGUGAUUCUCAACGCUUUUAAUGGAACCGGCUCAGACCUCGCGCUGUGCGUCGCUCGGAGCGGUCCCACUGUGAUGUGUUUCCGCCUGUUGUUCGGCGGGUCAGCUUCCGCCGGAUGUGCGUGUUUGAGACUCCCUCGUGACACCCCAGAGAAUUACCCAUCUGCACCAUUCCAUCACUCAAUUCAUUCCACCCUAAAAAAUCUCAUUUCAGGGAAGCAGGCACCAUCAAUUUGUGGGAGACUCCUGGGAGUGCUGGGAUGUCUGCAAUAGAGACAUUAACUCCUUAGCAGCCAGCCAGCUAGUUUAAAUAGCGUUAGCUAUGCUAGUGAACGAAUGACACCGUUAAACUCACCUCAACAGUGAUUUAACCUCCCCAUGGGCAAUAGAAGACUCAAUGUUGCAAACAGUGCAGCGAACAACACUGUCAUUAUUCCUGACCCCUAUUAGGCAGGGGUACACUUCAGUGUAGUCUGGGGUGAAGUACGGUAUAUAUUUUUUUUAACUCUGCCAUGGCAGAGUAUUCAAUUCUCUCUCUCAUUCUCAAAAAAAUCGAUUUGCGGGAUAUCGUAUAUAAUUCGCGGCCGUCAGGGAGCCACUAUCAAUCUGCGGGAGACUUCCGGGAGAGGUGGGUUGUCCGACGCUUCACUUGAAAUUGCCGCUGGGGAGAGAGUGACGGCUUUGGUAGAAGUGAGUGCAAGAGAGGGAGGGACGCGUUGAUUUAAAAUGGGUGAAUGGGUGAAGAGGGAGGAAUCAGAUCGAGGAGGGUAGGAGAUGAGACCCACUCCCUCAGCCUCUCUCUCUGUCCCCUCUUCUCUCUCCAUCUCUUCCCCCACCUCUCUCUCCCCACCUUAUCCUCUCUCCACCCUAUCCUCCUCUCUCCACCCUAUCCUCUUCUCUCCACUCCUGCCCCACGCUAUCCUCUCUCCACACCUCUUCCCACUCUAUCCUCUACCCACCCUUUUAUUACUUUUCUGCCCGCAUCUCUCUCUACACCUCCCGCUCUCUUGAUCCCUCCCCACGCUGUUCACCUCCCCCAUCUCUUAAACCCAUACCUCGCCGCCGACACACAUAUCCCCCGUGCACAGGAAGAUUCCAAUCACCACCGGAGGCUGUGCGGCGCAGCACUCGGGGUCCCUGCAGUUGGCGAUGACCGUUAGGACUGACAUCACCAGCGAGACCAAGCAGUUGACCAGCAAGAUCACCGUGAUCCCGCUGACAAACCUCUGCAAGAUUCGGUGUUUGGCGGAGGCACAGAGCGGAGGAAGCAUGGGAGGGGGAAGAGAGCAAGACGGAAAGAGAGACAGAGAGAAAUGGGGUGAGAGACAGAGGAG